AUGCUAAUAAUAUGGAAGACUUCACGUUUAUACACUCACCAUGGCUGGAUGUCGGAGGCAUUGAUGUAAAGUUCUAAAUAAUCAGUUUCAUCUGGAAACCAUUACACCGUGGUCAAUGAUUCACGAGCCCAGUUCCCACCAGUGCCCAUUUUAAUUCAACACCGUGAUAUGGUCAUGGAAAAAAUCAGAUGUGUUAACGAAAUGCCACGAGGUGCUGGGAGAGACGCUCGCGCUGCAGGGUUCGCGGCUCGCUGAUCCCUUGGCACACUUUACGCGCGUCAAUGACGCUGGCUCCUUGGUUAAGGCUGGCGAGGCUCGGCCUGCUGACUGCGUGUCUUUAUUCAUGGCUUGCGGUGGAGGGAUGCGGACCGGGUCCGGGUCACGGCACUCGCCAUAGGCAACGCAAGUUGAUUCCAGUGUCUUACAAGCAGUUCGUGCCAGGUGUUUCUGAGAACAACCUGGGAGCGAGCGGAAGAGCGGAAGGCAGGAUAACGCGCAGCUCGGAACGCUUCAAUGAGCUCGUGUGCAACUAUAACACUGACAUUGACUUCAAAGACGAGGAACAUACCAAAGCUGACCGGUUCAUGACCAAGCGCUGUAAGGACUGCCUCAAUAAACUGGCAAUAGCAGUAAUGAACCAGUGGCCUGGAGUUCGACUGCGAGUGACAGAAGCCUGGGAUGAAGAUGGCCAUCACCCUCCUGGUUCUUUGCAUUAUGAGGGCCGUGCAGUUGACAUCACCACCUCAGACAGGGACACAAAAAAAUAUGGACUACUUGCACAGUUGGCAGUUGAGGCUGGAUUUGACUGGGUGCACUAUGAAUCCAAGUACCAUGUGCACUGCUCUGUCAAAGCCGAUCACUCUGUAGCUGUAGAAAAAGGUGGCUGCUUUUCAGGAUCUGGACUUGUGACAAUGGCUGAAGGCGCGCAAAAACCUAUGUCAUGUUUGCGGCCUGGUGAGAAGGUGCUUUCCUUGUCUGAUUCAGGUGAAAUUGUUCUCAGUCAGGUACUUCUCUUUUUACAUCUAGAUAAAGAGAGAACAACCACUUUCUUUAUUAUUACCACUGAAAAUGGGAAACAAAUGGCACUUACUCCCAAUCACCUCAUCUUUGCGGCUCCCAAUCUCAAACUGCACCACAAUGAGUAUGAAGCUAUGUUUGCCAAAAACAUUAGGAUUGGGGACUAUAUACUUACUACUGGGGACAACAGAGGACUUCAGCCAUCUAAAGUGGUCUCAGUUUCACUGGAGGAGAGAAUGGGGGUUUACGCUCCUUUGACAGAUCAUGGGAACUUGUUUGUGGAUGGCGUGCUGGUAUCCAACUAUGCUUCUUUUGAGGAUCACAGACUUGCACAUUGGGCAUUUUGGCCUUUCCGUGUUCUUUUUUGCUUUUUCCAGACAGUAAUGGAAGAGAACUCUCAAAGAUUGGUGGUUAAAAGUAGUGCCAUGGUUCCUAAUAUCUGUUCCACAGAUCAUACCUUCCUCACAAAUGUAAUGCACAAUAGUUCUUUCAGCAUAUACAAGAUUUUCCCAGAGGUCAAAGUGGAAACGGAUAAUGAACACAGUUUUUUGCAACAAAAGGAGGUUUACUGGUAUGCAAGGCUUUUGCACACAUUAGGGCGGAUAUUUCUUGACCCUCAGAGGUUUUACUGAUGGUCAAGACACAGAAUAUGCAAACAUAAUGUCAACUGCAAAAUAAAUUAUAGCUCUUUAAAAACUACUGACCAAAAAGGAAAAGCAAUAGGCACUAUAACUGGUAUAAUUACUCACCACAUAUAAUGUCCAGUUGAAAUUAUUUCAUGCUUUUAGAAUUUGUAAAUGGGUUGCAGUUAUGCAUAUACUUUAUGUGAAAUAUUCAGUGUAACUUAAAAAAUAUUGAAUAAUCACCAUAAAUGGACAAUUAUGGGAUUCAAAAUGUAAACAUGUAUUUUUAUGUUUGUUUUACAAGAAAAUAUUUAAAAAAAAAUAAUAUAUAUUUAUUUUUAUACUUUUGGAUUCAUAAUAUAUAUUUCAUGUUAAACUGUAUGUUCAUGUAGUACUGAUUAUUUGUUAUGCCAAACAGACACUGAUACAGUUGUUGUAAUCUUAUUUUACUUAAAGUUAUCAUAGAUUGUGUUGCAAAAUAAGCCUGAUCUGCUUAGAAUUGAUCCACACCAAACACACAGAGUUUUAUUCUCACUAGAUUUGAACAGAUCUUGUAAGUUCUCAAAUUAAUAAACUUUUCAAUUUGUGACCAAUUAGCAUUUUACAUAACAUCCUGUAGUUGAUAAUUUAGAAGCUCUAAACAGAAAUGAGUUGAUAACACAGUUAACCAUGUCUACUGACUAAUUGUGGUCAAUUUCCAGAUUCCAAAAUCAACAGCUAUGUGCUAAACAGGGAUAAACAGGCUGGCUUUUACUAAGUGCAUCACACCCCCUUGUGGACACCAAAGAAUACACUACUGUCUAUUCUGAUGUGCUUAGUAUGAUUUAGAAGCUAUCUGUUCUGAAAAAACAGCUUCCUGGAUUUAAUAAUAAAUUAACAAGGUAAUAAAUUAUUAUUUGCAAUAUUAUGCUUUCUAUAAUUUUUCCUGAUUAAUAUAUCAGCAUUAAUCCAAUAUAAACAACAUUUUGAAUUAAAGUUUAAGUUCAUCAUUCUGGUCUACUAUGGUCUAUGUAAAAUAUUUAGCUUUGUAAAACUAAAAUAAUGCUUUUGAGACUGUGUUGGUUUUUGGAAGUGCAUGCUUUUUCCCUUCAUUAAUUUUUUUCACAGCUGUGAAGGUAUAGAAGAGGAUUAUCUCAGUCAUGGAGGAGGCAGAUAGACACACAGCAUCAGGCCAAUGGCAAAGACUGUAAUGUUGGCCUACCCAACAGUUACCCUUGGUGAACCAAUCAGCUUUUAAAGAUAAGCUUAGUCAGGCUCCCUCCAAACCUUUUCUGUUCAAACUAAUCCUGGUGAAAGCUGGGAAGAAGUCAUUAAUCUUAUCAAUGGGAUAUGAUCAGGAAGUACAGAGAAAAAAGAUACAUAUAUUAUACCUUCAAGUUGUUCUAUAAAGAUCAAUAUAUCCGUACUCUAACAGAACAAUAUGAGACAGAUAAGGCCUGUGCUGUGCAGCUGAAUUUUGCAAUAUCAGAUUUUCAGUUUCUGACUGUAAAAUAAACAUGACCUAAUGCAGCAUGCUUCAGUAAAAUACUGGAGAGAACAUGACUUCAUUGUGCUAGAUGUUGGUAGUGCUCCAGCGUGUCCAUAAAUGGCAAUUUUUCCAUCAUAUUCAUCUCUGGUAUAUGAA